CAGCGACAUCGGAUCCGAGAUCGACAGCGCAAUUCGGGCCACUCCCGAGAAGCGAGCUCUCGGAUGAGGCCUCGCAUCAGUGGCUACCCUUGCCACGCCUCUCGAUUCCAUCGCUGCAUCCCAAUAUCGCAGCUUCCGUCUGUCAAUCCACGUCCCACACACAUCUCUGUCGUAGAAUUCCAGACCUGUUCCCCUCGCGCUUGAUUCUGCAUGUCCGAAGGCUCAACCAAAUUCCGCAAAUUUUUUAGCUUGUGAGUCGAUUGGUUGGAGAGGAGCAAGUGCCGAAAUUCGGCUUGAGUUUGGUGGAGUAGACUGUUGUUUGUCUCGAAUGCUUGGGUGUAGUUCGCGAUUGUUUUGGGAGCUGUUGCUGGAGGUCGACAGGGAAUAAGUGGGUUGGUUUUUGGCAAAGGAGAAUAAGAAAGGGGGCAAUUGUUGUGAGCCAUGAGGUCGCUCGCAUUUGACGCCUUGGCGCUGCAGCAAUGGUCUCUCUCCACACGACCCCAAUUGAGUUCACUGGUCUACAUUAAGAAUCUGAAACCCAACAGCAUUAAACGAUUCUACGGUAGCUCAGUUUCGCGGACUAUUUCCUCAUGUAAAGCUCUGCUCAGGCACCAAGGUUUUAAUAGAAUUGAACUAGAAUGCAAACACAUUUCGGUGCACAAGAGAAGGGUUUCUCUUCUCGUCCCUGCUUUCAGCAAUUAUAGGUCGACGGAGCGCAGAGGAGCUAAAAUUCAAUGUCAAGCCGGGCUGAAGCCAUCCUCAGAUGAUGAAAACGACGCCCUCGUGGAGUUGGUGAAGAAAGAUGUGGACAUUGACGGUUGGCAGUGGACGAAGACAAACAAAGAGCUGAUAGCGUAUUCUCUUCUGCUUGUAGCGGUGCCGGUAGGGACAAUUCUGCCCCAGACUCAUUUUCAGUGGUCUGGAGCAUUAUACUUUCUUUUUCUCGCGGUGUGGACUAUAUAUGUCGGCAGUCAUCGCAGUUUAGGGAAAAACCCUCCACAAAGUGUCACUUUCAAGCAAGGACUUGCAGCUCCCCUCUUUGCCUCAAUAUCCCUCUUUGGAUUCUAUACGUUGCUACGGUUUUUCCCCAAUCUCGACAUCCGCACUUUCAUCUCUGCUUAUCUCGGUGUGGCUGGUGUCGUGGCUGUUGCAAGUAAUCUUGCACCGCCACUUCGCUCCAUUCUGCCAAACGCUGAAAAUGUAUCUUGGCGUAUAGAUUUUCCAAAGUGGUUGGUUGAGGAUGACGGCGAAGCUGUUCAUUUAACGCUUACUCCUGCUGACAUAUUGGCUACCGCUGUGGGUAUUGCGGCGGCUAUCGCGAGUAAACAAUCGGGCGCUCCAUUCACUCUGAACAACUUCAUAGCCGUUUGUAUUGUAACUGAACUACUACAGCUUUUGUCUCUUGGGAGUUUUGCGACAGCAGCUACCAUGCUUUCGGGGCUGCUUCUGUAUGAUGUCUUCUGGGUCUUUGGCUCCUCGCAUGUAUUUGGCGACAAUGUUAUGGUGACCGUUGCAACAUCGCCAGUUUUCGACGGACCCAUGAAAUUAAUUUUCCCACAGUUAAAUGCAAACGCCGCCAACCCUUACUCUAUAUUAGGGCUGGGAGACAUUGCUGCACCCGGGCUACUGAUAGCUUUGAUGCUACGGUUCGACCGCUCUCGAUCCAAGGGACUCUCCGGAGCAGAUAAGACAGCCGACUCCCAGAAAUUGCCAGCCGACAAAACAUACUUCAUUACAUGCAUCGCCUCAUACAUUUUUGGGCUGACUGUCACCGUUGUGGCAAACACGGUCUCCGGUGCUGCACAACCAGCGCUGCUCUAUCUGGUCCCAUCUCUUCUUUUCGGUGUGUUCAUCGUUGCGGCUUCAAGGUCUGAGGCGUCCCUGUUGCUAGACUAUAAGGAGGAGUUUUUGCCGAUAGCUGUUAAAGGCGAUGACACACUGGAAUGAAAGGUCCUGGUUGGGUGAUCCAUCCUUUUCCUGUGAGUACAAAGCAGAGCUUCUUGUUCACAAUACUGCUGGCUUAUUGCAAAUAGAGCAGGCAAUUUGUUGCUCUUUCGACUCCCGAAACAAUGAUUGAUAAAAGACAGUAAGAGAACUUCCCUUUCUUGUCUGAAAACUAAAUGUGGGAUUCCAAGUCUAGCGACUACAUUGCAUGGUGCCAAUAGCAUUUGAGAAUGACUAUUACUGUUGUCCCUCUCGAAUAUGACAGGUUUGGUAAACAAGUUUUUUUUUGUAUAAUUGAAACAUUUUCCUCUUC